AGGCAGUCAUAGGCCCAAUAAAAGGGAAUCCAAAACAUCUUUCGUCAGCAGUUGUUGUCUGAAGAGAGGAUCAAGAUGUUGGGGAGCCUGUUGGUUGCUUUGCUUUGUGGAACCGCAGCGGCCCUGAUUGACCCUAGUCUAGAUGACCACUGGAUGGACUGGAAACUGACCCAUGGGAAAUUCUAUCAUCACCAGAUUGAGGAGCAUAUGAGGCGUGGUAUCUGGGAGGACCAUUUCAACAUGAUCGAGCAACACAAUCGCGAGGCCUCCUUCGGGGUUCACUCCUACAAGCUGGGCAUGAAUCACUUUGGUGACCUGGCCCCAGUGGAGAUCAUUAGCUUGCUCACCAGCACCCUGGAGCCCCGGGAAGAGGAGCUGGGCCCGCGCAGGAUGCCAAUACUCCUGCAGAGACCCGUUCCUUCGCAUGUGGACUGGAGGGAAGCGGGCUGGGUGACUGAGGUCAAGAUGCAGGGUCGCUGUGGUUCCUGCUGGGCCUUCAGUGCGGUGGGGGCCCUGGAGGGCCAGCUGAAGAAGACCUCCGGCUCCCUGGUGUCCCUCAGCCCCCAGAACCUGGUGGACUGCGCCACCAAGUACAACACCUACGGCUGCAACGGCGGAUUCAUGACCAACGCCUUCCAAUACGUCAAGGACAACCACGGCAUCGACUCGGAGAAGGGAUAUCCGUACGAGGCCAGGGAGGGACGCUGCCGCUACGAGCCCCGCCAUCGAGCUGCCAACUGCACCGGCUACAGCUGCCUGCCGAAGGGUGACGAGGAGGCUCUGAUGGCGGCAGUUUCCCACGUGGGUCCCAUCUCUGUUGCCAUCGACGCCUCUCGGCUGACCUUCAUCUUCUACCACAGUGGCGUGUACAAGGAUCCGUUGUGCUCCAAGAAUGUGAACCAUGGAGUUCUGCUCGUAGGCUAUGGAAACCUGAAGGGCCAUGACUACUGGCUGGUUAAAAACAGUUGGGGCCAACACUACGGUGAGAAGGGCUACGUCAAAAUCGCAAGGAACCAUGGCAACGAGUGUGGCAUUGCCCUCUACCCCUGUUACCCAAAAAUGUGAACUUGAUGGAUAAAGCUUUUAUAUUGUUGCAAAUCCUUUUUAAAUGUUCUGUUCAAUAAAAAAAACUAUUUUAAUUGCA